UCGACCGGUGUCGACGCUCGCGAGUCGCGACACCCUGAGGACCCUCAGGCCCGGUGACCGCGGUCCCCGAGCGCGCGUCCCGGGAGGAUUCCCCCGGAACACCCCCCGCCCCCCAAGGGGCGGCGGCGACCCAGGCGACGUUAUGCCCGGCGCGGUCGCGAGGGACGGCCGCGCUUCGAGGACGACCCCCACCUGGCGGCGACCCUCGUCCCCGAGAGGGACUCUACCGAACUCCGGGCACACCCGGGAGCGCGCCCCCCCUGCCCCCCGCGGUCGACUGCCGGUCCAAUAGGGCGCGACCCCCUGCGCCGCCGAGCAGGGCCCUCGGCGCGCGCCCAGUGCGCUGUCGAUUCUCGGCCGGGACCCGCUCAGGGCCUCUGCAGCCCUCGGCCCCGAGUCCACCCCCGUGAACCAGGAUUUACAGUGCAGUGCCAGCGACCACUUCGGGCGCUGCCCCCGCUCGGACCACCGGCGUACCCUGCUGCACCCCACCCGAGGGACCGCCUCGCGAGCGGUGAUGCGGUAGUCGAGGGAGCCCCGAGGGAAGCCAUGAGGGCGGCCGCCGCGUUCCUCCUUUUCCUCGCACAGCUCAUUCAGGCGACAACCGGAAGCGGAUUCUUCGAGGUGCAGAUCCUCUCGCUGACGAACAACAGAGGCACCCUGGUGGACGGGCGGUGCUGCGGCGGGGGAGGCGGCGGGGGCGGCGGAGGCGGCUUGCCGCCCUGCACGACGCCUUGCACCACGGCCUUUUGGCUCUGCCUUAAGGAGUACCAGUCGAACGUCACCGCCAUCGGUUCCUGCAGCUUCGGCAACGUAUCUAGUCACGCCCUCGGCCAGAACACCUUCACCCUUAACGAGCCGGUCACCCUGCAGCUGCACUUCACCUUCCGAUGGACGAGACAGUUCACGCUGAUUCUGCAAGCCAGGGACGAGGCCAGUGUGGGGGUAAUCGAGGAGGCCAGCUACAGCGGCAUCGUCCUGCCAGGACCGACCUGGCACACCCUGAACCAUCAGGGCAGGAACGCCCACCUUGCCUACAGGGUGCGCGUCCAGUGCGCCGAUCAUUACUACAACGCGACCUGCACCAAGUUCUGCCGGCCCAGGAACGACAUCUUCGGGCACUACACCUGCGACGAGAACGGCGACAAGGUCUGCAUCCAGGGGUGGAAAGGCGCCGACUGCGAGAUCGCGGUCUGCAAGGAGGGCUGCCAUCCGGUCCACGGGCACUGCAACGUGAGCGGCGAGUGCAAAUGCCGGCACGGAUGGCGAGGUGAUUUCUGCGACCAGUGCACGCCGUACCCGGGGUGCAAGCACGGCUACUGCAACGGGUCCAGCUGGCAGUGCAUCUGCGACACCAACUGGGGCGGGAUCCUCUGCGACCAGGACCUGAACUACUGCGGGACCCACGAGCCCUGCCAGAACGGCGGGACCUGCGAGAACACCGCGCCCGACCAGUACCGCUGCACCUGCCCGGAGGGUUUCUCCGGGCCCACCUGCGAGAAGGUCGACAACCCCUGCGCGUCCAGCCCCUGCCUGAACGGUGCCACCUGUCGAGAGCUCGGAGAAACCGCGCACUGCGAGUGCGCCCCCGGGUUCGCCGGGCCAUUCUGUGUGACCGACAUCGACGAGUGCGCCUCCCAGCCCUGCCAGAACGGCGGCACCUGCGUCGACGGCAGGAAUGGAUUUGCCUGCAACUGCCCGCCCGCCUGGCAGGGCCUCCUGUGCCAGUUCGACGUGGACGAGUGCGCUCUCAAGGAGUCGCCAUGCAAGAACUCUGUGACCUGCGUCAACCUCGCCGGAGAUUACAGGUGCCGCUGCAGGAGCGGCUUCACCGGGAAGAACUGCACGAAGAACAUCAACGAUUGCGUCGGGCAGUGUCAGCACGGAGCGUUGUGCAUCGACCUGGUGGACGAUUACCACUGCUCGUGUACGGCGGGGUAUUCGGGAAAGGACUGCGACGUGGACAUCGAUGAGUGCGCCUCUAAGCCGUGCCAGAACGGGGGCGAGUGCAGGGACCUGGUGAACGCGUACGAGUGCGUGUGCCCGGUCGGUUACACGGGGUUCCAGUGCGAGAUCGACCGGGACCACUGUAGCCCGAACCCCUGCCGGAACUCGGCGCCCUGUUUCAACACUCAGACGGACUACUAUUGCCACUGUCCCGAGCAAUGGCAGGGGAAGAAUUGCUCGGAGCCUGCCCUGCACAACCCCCGGUUCGGGCUGACGUCGGAUGACUUGGGGUGCGGGAGCGAGGGGGCCCCCUGCGGGGGACGCGGCAGGUGCAACGGGGGUAGGUGCAUCUGCGACCCCGGAUACACGGGGCAGCACUGCCACGAGAACAUCAACGACUGCCGGGGUAACCCUUGCAUGAACGGGGGCACGUGCGUCGACCUGAUCAACUCCUUCCAGUGCAUCUGCAGGGAGGGCUGGAGCGGCGACCUCUGCGACCAAGACGUGGACGAGUGCACGACCUCGCCCUGCCGGAACAACGGGACCUGCGUGGACGGGGUGGCGGACUUCACCUGCAUCUGCAGGGGUGGCUGGAAAGGGAAGACCUGUGCGCUCCGCGGGGGCCACUGCGAGCCCGGGACGUGUCGACACGGUGGCACCUGCCAAGACAGGGGGGACGGGUUCACCUGCCACUGCCCCGCCGGUUGGGAGGGGGCCGCCUGCCAUAUCGCCUCCCCCGCUUGCGCUAGCGCCCCCUGCGAAAAUGGCGCGACCUGCGUCAACACCGCCGACGGGGGCUACCGGUGCGUCUGUCGCGAAGGCUUCGAGGGCCCCGACUGCCGCAGGGACGUCGACGACUGUCAGCCCCUGCCCUGCCUUAACGGCGGCAGGUGCGUCGACGGGGUCAACUGGUUCAGGUGCGAGUGCGCGCCCGGGUUCACCGGGCCCGACUGCCGAAUCAACGUUAACGAGUGCGCCAGCGACCCUUGCGUGGGGGGCGCCAGCUGCGUCGACGGCAUCGCCAGCUUCUCCUGCGUGUGCCCCCCAGGGCGAACCGGGGCCCGCUGCGAGCGUCGCGCCGCUGGGGGGCCCGGGUGCGUCGCCGCCACCUGGGAGGACGACUGCAACCUCUGCGAAUGCAGGAACGGAAAGAAUCAGUGCAGCAAUGUGUGGUGCGGCCCUGGGAAUUGUUUGAACGGGACCUCGUGUUUGGCGCACGAGGUGUGCGUGCCCUCGCCGGGGGAGAGCUGCCUGGCGCCCCCGUGCCCCGCCUGGGGGGAGUGUCGCCCCGUGGAAACCGGUCGCCGCGUGGGGCCCCCUGCGCUGCCGGCGCCCCCCUCCUGCUGGCCCGGCCAGGCCACCCCCGGACCCACCUGCUCUCGCCUGACGAUCCUCCUCCGGAGGGACACCCUCGCCACCGGCACGUCCGUCGAGCUCCUGUGCAGGCGACUCAGGAGACUCCUGGCCGACCCCAGGAGGCCGCAGUCGGUGGUCCUGCUCUGCGACCUGAAGCCCGGGGACAACGACACCGUCGAGGUGACCAUCUUCUCCGAGGCGGCCGCCGAUGCCGCCCGCGACCUCGGUGAGGCCCUCAGCCGCCCCCUCGGCAGGCCUCUCGCCCUGGCCUCCGUGCUCGAGGUCAAGGUGGAGACGGCCCUGUUGAGCGAGCCAAGCCCCACGAACGUGGGGGGCAACGGGUACCUGGCCGUCCUAGGCGGCGCCUUGGCCAGCGUCCUCCUCCUAGCCGCCCUGGGUGGCGUCUGGUACCUCAGGUCCGUCCGAAGGAGGUCCGGGCUCACCGCCACCACCAGCAGCGAGACCUCCCUCCAUCGGCAUCGCGGCGACCUGGACGAGAAGUCGAACAACCUGCAGAACGAGGAGAACCUGCGCAGGUACGCGAACCCGCUCAAGGACCAGGAGCCGAGCGAGCCCCGGGUCUCCGUCGUGAGACCCCUCUCGGGCGCCUCCCUGGGUGCCCUGGGGCCCCCCGAGGAGAGCCUCGAGAUGGUCUCCGAGGAGGGCCGACAUCGGCUUCCGCCCCUCUACAAACCCCCCAGCGCCGAGGCCAGGAACAACACCGCCAGCUUCUCCUACGAGGAAGGACCCCACAAACCUUACAGCAAACCCCGGCUCCAAGAGCCCGUGUCGUAUUCACACCAGCAACCCGGGACCAGUCAGACAGGCCCACACCAGGUGCUCACGGUGCACGUUUAACGUGCGCUCCUCAUUUCCCGGCCUCCGUCCCUAGGGUUCCGAACGCUGCGGCGCCGCAGCGCGCGAGGCCACACGCGACCGUCCGUCCCCUCCAGGGUGACACUGCGGCGCAACCUCACAGCGCAGACGCAGAGGGCCAUCGAGGGACCGCGUGCGAUCGCCGCAUGAGGUGCAAGCGACAGACCGUAACGAUAAUUCUAAUGACAAUAACGACUCGCCAAGAGUCCCCGUCGCUGUACAUAUGUACA